AUUUCCAGACUUCGUUCAAAAUCAAUUUCCAUUUUACUCGCUUUCGGCAAAAAGCUGGUUAGUGUCAAAGAACACACUAACACCACCAGUAGCGCUUUAAAUUGGUUCUACGCCGAGUAUAAACAUCGCUUCAUUAUGGGUACAUACUGGACAAACAGCGGCAAAAAGAUCAACGCCCGGAUAGUGCAAAAAUCUCCAAAUGUCCUAAACCUAUCGAUUGAAAACACCGAGCUAAAUCAGGAAAGAUUAUUGCGUUUGAAGCUCGCCGCAGUUGCACUAUUCCUCUAUGCAUUCAUUAUCCUGAUGGUCGGAAACAGUUGGGUAAUUCUGUGGAUCCACGGGAUAUUUGCACUGUUACUCGCAAGUAUUAUAUAUAGUUACACAAGGAUUGUCAAGAAUGAAAAUCUAGUCCUAGUCAAGGAUUUCGCUUUGCAGUAUUCGACGCACUUCAUUGGAGGCGGAACCGAAAACGUACUUAUUCCAAUCAAACAGAUUAAUGAUGUAGUAAUAAACGAAGUCUUUCACAAUCUGAAGGUAGUCUUCACCAUAUCAGUUCUAACCAAGGACAUUCUCUUUAGAAACAGACCUAUUAUCACGCUUCUGAACCACUUGAAUCCACGCGUAGAAUGCCUGGAAAUGAUUUACAACGAGUUACAUACAAUUUUGGACAUAGAAAACGAUUAAAAUCACAAGAUAAAUGAGUACAAAAAACAA